AUGCAUUCUUCAAAUAGAUGGGAUGUUCAAAACAACACGUGGGCUAUGCCAGAAGCACUACGUCCGCUUGUGCUUAAUUUUGACUUCCAGCGAAAGGGGAAGACUGCUUAUAUCACAACUGGAUUUCCAGGAUUUGUUGGGGCGUUCACUGGAUUUACACCAGUAAGUGUUUGGUAUGGGUCAUGCUAUAUAGCGAAGUAGAAUUUUACAAAUAAUUAGCAGCACCUGUCGGAGACAUAGCAGCUGGGGCAUAUUGGGACUUUUUGCAAUUGGGGGAGUGGCGUAACCUCUUAAUAUACCAAAUCUGUAGCUUUCAGAUUAUAAUAAAAAGUGUCUAAAAUGCAUGAAAUACCAUAAAAAUGGAACCUUUUUCCGGGAUACACACUUGUCCGGGGCUGGCUGCGCCCCUGAUGGCUGUGUUUGAGUAACAUGAAAAAAGUUAAAAAUCCGAGCGAAGACCCUGCAUCAGGGGGUUGGGUGGUUGAGGUGUGGGCAGGCAGAAAUUAAGGAGCUAAAACGCAGGGAAGGAGAAAAUGCGGGCGAAGGGGAAAACAGACAAAAACUGUCAGUGGGAAUUGUUUACAUGUUAUUAGCAUAUAUUCGUCUUUUUUGACAUUUGAAAUCCAUACUUCAAUUUUUCCAUACUUUCUGUAAAACGUAAUAAAAUUUUCUCACGUAUAGGGAGAGAUUACUAUAACUAUGAACUCACGUUUCUCAACAGCCGGAGGAAAGAUUGGUAAGGAAUGAAGUAAACAAUUUCAAUUAUUUUUUCUCUACCCUGCGAGCAGAGCCCAUGAUUUCCCCCGAGAAAGGAAUCAUGCUGGCUCUGCUUGCAGGAGAAAUAUUCUCUGAAAUGCACUAGGCCUAUAUGAUAUAUAGAAACCGUGCAUACGAACAAAUUGAACACAUUGGCAUUACUAAGGUUACAUGUGACGACAGUCGAUAGACGUGCGUCCUGGUAGAUUAGACAUUGCGCAAUUAAUCUGCUUAUAGAUGUAGUUUCACCACAUUUUCAGUGAAGAAAACCAGAAAAAUGCUGAUUACGAAAAGAUACGUUUGGUGGGCGUUUAAUUACAACUUUUCUUGUUCUGCCUGCUACAGAAAUACGGACUUCCAUGCAGCGAAAUUCACACACAAAAUUGCGGUUCUGAAACUAAACAGAUUAUCUCCAAAUCAGUUGACACAAUGUUGGUUGUCACAACUUAUUCCAUUUGGUUGGUAGCUGUACUUCUUUCAUUAUUCAUUCUUCUAAAGCGAUUUUAAUUGGAGUCAUCAUCGUAGUCUAAACAGCCGUAAAAACAAUACGAACCAUUAAAAAAUUAAUGAGAAAGCGACCGCACACGUUUUUGUUACUUUCAAACUUUGUGGAAAACUGCAUGUACACUUACUUUUUGCUUUUAUGGAAUAUCCGUAUUUCUGUUUAGUUGGGCAGAACAAAUAACACUUUAGGUAAACACCCACAAAACGUACUUUUCCUUAACCAGCAGUUUUCUGGCUUUCUUCACUGAAAAUGUGAUAAAACCACAUUUAUGCAUUCAUGAUUCGUCGUGCAAUGUCCAAUCUACCGGAACGCGCGUCUGUAUCUUCCUGAUACAUCUUACAUGAUGCACUUAUUAUUGAAAUCAUUGCAUCCUCAAGGUUUGUUGGAAUGGAUAAUGGGAGAACGGGAUUCGCACUGGACUACCUUUCUCGUUCGAAAUGUACUUGAUAGCGGCGUUGGGUAUGUUGAUACCUUUAUUAGAUUAACUUUAUUAAAUGCUAAAUACACCACUACCAAGUUUUUUUCCCGAUCAUUCCUUGGUAUCACUAAUUGUAGCAUUCACUUUUCCAGUUUCGAGAAUGCCAAAGAAGUGCUUUCAAAUACCAAAACUUUGGCUCCUUGUUAUUACAUUCUUGGUGGAAAUAGUUCAGGGCAGGUGCGCGUAGCCAUGUUAAUAAAUAUGCUUUUACAUUAGGAAACAUCAUACACUUUUUUAUUAUGAUUAUUAUCAUCAUGCGCAAAUCAGCAUCGCCAAAACACAAUAUCCUCUUUCUCUAAUUAUUUCAAUUUUAUACAAUUAAGAUAUACAUGUAUAUUAUGUAUAGUUAGUUGUACAUAUCUUCAUAUCUAGUCCGCGUCCUUUAUAGUUUAUGACUUGAUACAUUUCAUAUUACCUCAAAUGUAUACAUCUUGUUUCAUGUGAUGUUGAUUUUAUAGUGCAACUUUCGAGAUAAGGUUCAAGUACCUUGUUGUAGCACACCACCAACGACCUUUCUUCAUUUAAAAGAUUUCCUCUGACUGGGUGAAAGAUGACGUUUUCCUAUAUAUUACCCAUUCUGUACAAUCUACGCAGCACUCUGAACCAUACGAUUAAUUCAAUCUUUUCAUGCACUUUUAGGGAAUGGUUAUCUCACGCUCCCGAACAAAAUCAUUGUAUCCUUUGAGGUUUAUUACUUACUAUAUAUAUUUUAAACAAAGAUAAAAUUAUUGAACUUGUUUCAUUCUGUUAUAUAAAUAUUCUUUCUAUAGAAUCAUAAAAAGCUUGGAACAUUUUCUGACAUUCUCUAACUAUUUAAAAUUUUAACGAGGUCUUCCUUCUCUUCCCCACCCUUAUAUUCAAUGUUAAAACGUUCCAGCUAAUUUGCAGUAGUUGGGCAUGUUCGCACGAAAACAUAAGGAAUACUGUGGUGUCCCGAGGACCCUUGCAUGGCGGCCAUUUGUUGCUUGCUUUUAACAUUUCUUGAUACCACUUGGGGGGGGGGGGGAUUUCAAAAAGCAUGAAAAUUUAGAGUCGUUAAAUAGUCGGAAAUGGUGUUCUCAGAGUCCUCUCUCCCUCUUUCGUGAGGCUUUUUCAUCAAUUCUUUCAUUUUGAUUUGCGAAUUAUUAUUAUUAUUAUUAUUAUUAAUUUUUAAUUUUUAAACAUAUUCAUUAUUUCCUGGGGACCGAAAGCUAUUCCGGCGGCUCCUCCGACUUCAGGGUACCUUCCCGAAUGCCGGUUGGUAAUCGAGCCUACCCCCCCCCCCCCUUCCCGCCCUGUUGCUACGUUCCUGAGCUUGCCGCCGGUAGUAUUUUAAACUACAUAAGACGUUUAAAACUACAUCAGCUAUAGUGUGCUUGAAUUGAAAGGUUUGAAGAAUCAUCAAAGUCGCCGAAAGUAGAAGUAUCAUUGGCCAAUUUCCAUAUGGCUUAUCAGUAUGAUGCUCUAAACUUGGUCAAUUUAAUUUCUCUUUCCAGCAUGCCCCAAGGUAAAAGUGGGUGGUAUCUACUACAAACAAAUUAUGAUCAUUGGAAAAAUCCCUUAAUUAUCGAUGACCGGCGAACACCCGUGAGUAUACACAUGUUUAUCUCGACCCAAUUCGUUCUUCAUGUUUCUUAUUUAUUAUUAAUUUUCUGAACUUUCUUAGGGAAAUAAAUGCAUGGAAGAAAUGACUCAAAAGGUACAGUCACUGUUUAGUUAGAGUUGGAACUAGGGUCGUCCAGUUCAGAGGGAUGCAUGGGGGUUGGUGGUAACUCAAAUCUUUGUUCUGGUUUGUGAAAAACACCACGUUUAUACCGAAUUUUAGAUCUUUAGAAGAAAGAAGUAUCAUGCAUGAAAAUUAACAUGCAUUCCUUUCUUAUUCGUCCAAUUGUAAAAAUUAUUCCUUUUGAUUAAUCGUAGAACGUUGGCUUUGAAGGAAUUUUCAAUGUGUUGUCAACGAUCCCUGUCUUGAACAAGGUAAACUUGCCAUUAGUAUUUGUUGUAACCUUGCAAGAAAAAGCAAGGGAUAAAGGGCAAUCUUUGUGAAAAAAUUUUAAAAAGCCUUCCUACAAAUAAUUGACAAAUUGUCAUGUUGUUUUAUCUAAUUUGUCUAACUUUAUUUGCUACUAGUACACAAGUAUGCGUACAGCAAAAUGUUAACGAACAUUGCCGCCCACAAAAGUAAUGCCCAUAUGGAAGUGUCCCUUUUAAAUGGCUGCCAGCGCCGCUUCACGUUAGCUCCGGCUCGCGGUAUCAGUGAUAACCACUAUAAGAUCACCAACAGGGGCGGUGCUAGGCCUCUUUCGUUGGGGGGGGGGGAUGCAAGAUAUAGUUUUGCCGAGUCAUUAGCUUGGACUGUACAGGGUAUAUUAGCCUAUAUGUACACGCGCACAUUUACUCAUAUGAUUUACUAAACUUAAUUGGUUCAGUAACAUUGCAUAUAAGUAGUGGAUUACGCAAAAGUCUCUACUUUCACAAUGAUCAUAUAUAGAUCUGUCGUCUAUAUAUACUCGAAUGUUUUUAACUACGCAGAGUUAUCAUUUUGAAAUCUAGAGUCUAUAUGAAAUGGCAUUUCCUCUGUUCUGAGAAAGAUUUCAAAUAACUCUUCAACGAAUGAAACUUAUCCUCUAUUCACUCACAACAACUGUUCCCAGUCAUGACCGCUGUCAGAAACCAUGCAACUCGUCUGCAAUUAUAUACGGGCUGUUUUGGAUUUUUGAAUUACCCACUACAACUCGAUAGAGCACAUUUUCAAGAGAUCUAUUCAUCUAACUUCUUGAAAUAUUACGUUUUAUAUUUAAAUACACGUUUGGUUUUAAUUCAGAUAAUUCAAUUCGAUAAUUCAAUUUUUGCUGAAUGAACAAUUUGCAGAAUCGUUCAUGAGUGGGGUGGUGCCCCCCCCCCCCACCACAACCUCCUCUGGCGCCGCUGCAAAUUUUUUUUCCGUAGACAGUCGGACUCCUCAUUGAUAGUCGGACACAUCAUUGACCCGCGCCCUUAAACAAAACAUUCAGCGGAUACUAUUCUUAUUAGAUGCGCUUCCCAGUGUGUCUUGCGCACGCAAUUGGUGAUUUCUGUUUUUUGUAAAAGUAUUUUCGGAGCGAUUGCAGAAUACCCGUCCACUUUUAAGCCAUGCCUUUCAAACAUCAUGGAUAGGAUGUACUAAUACAUCUAUAUUUCAAUUCUCAACUGAUGUUAUCUUUUCACUUUAUAGUUAACAAGUUAUACUGCUAUGAUGCACGUGAACACAGGUGAAGUGAUCAGUUAUCGACGAUAUUGUCGCGAUCCUUGUUUCCCGUGGUGAAAAAUAUCAAACGCAAAAAAUUGAGAUGUUAAAGACAGUCAAGUGAAUGAAAACGAAGGAGCAAUAACAUUUGUAGAGUUAGAAUCUAUCUUAAUUAAUUAGGAGAUUAUGAAGUAAUAAAAUCAAAUGAUUUUAUUACGUGGACAAUUUAUGGACUUUAUAUUAAUAUGGGAUUAAUAAUUGUUAUAAAUCGGUAUAAAGACACAUAAACGUUCGUAAGUUACUCAUUAUUGUUAAUUAGAAGUUGCAAGUGGUACACUUUGUAAUUAGCCAGUGAUGUCAAUUUUAAGACUAAGUACAUUUUCAAUAUAACAGAUAAUAUGCUGCAAAUUAGGCAUUAAUCAUUUUCCAAACUGCUCCGUU